AUGACGCGGCACUCUCCAGGAGCCGCGCAGGGUUUGGUACAGAUGCGUGAGUCCAGAACACGCAGCUUUGUCCACAACAUGCGAGCCCUGGAUGAUGGCGACAAGUAUCCUGAUGACGACACAUCUCCAUCAGAGAGCAGGGUGUCGUGCACGGAGAAAGAGGAGAACGUGGACAUCACACCAAGACCCCCGUCCCACCGCAUUACUGCUAUAAUAGACCACUACAUGGACUGA